AGUUGGUGAAAAAGGAAAGAAACCUCUCUCCCUCUCUCUCUCUCUCUCUCUUGCUCCUGCGCUUUCUCUCUCUCAAAAGUUGAAGAAGACAAUAAAAUGAUUGAAGGCUUUAUAAUCUAACAAGAGUCAAUAGUAUUGGGGCACUCAAAUCUCUGGUAUAAAGAUGAAAGCAACUCCUCAAAUAUUAGCAAAUUAAGAGACAUUAGAGAGAGAGAGAGAAAAUGGCUCUUGAAGCACUUUCUUCAACUGAGCUCCUCAACUUCAUCAUGUUUGACACAGCCCCAUUCCAUGACUCCUCCCAAGCCAGCCCCCGCGACUUUCCUCCCCCGCCGCCUCCGCCGGAAGCCUCCACCGCCGCGGCGCAGGGCCGCAAGAAGCGGCGGCGGAGGCCCAAAGUUUGCAAGAACAAAGAGGAAAGCGAAACUCAGAGAAUGACUCACAUUGCCGUCGAAAGAAACCGCCGCAAGCAAAUGAAUGAGCAUCUUGCUGUCUUGCGCUCUCUCAUGCCCGAAUCUUAUGUUCAACGAGGUGACCAAGCCUCAAUUGUUGGUGGUGCAAUAGAAUUUGUGAAAGAGCUGGAGCACAUUCUGCAGUCACUAGAAGCAAAGAAAUUUGCAUUAUUGGAGCAUGGAAAUGUGACAACAAAUGAUGAAAAUGAUCAAAAGCCAAAAAUAGGCAGCCCAUUUGGUCAAUUCUUUGCAUACCCACAAUUCAGCUGCUCGGAAAGCCAACUAGGCAACAAAUACACAUCUCAAAGCAAGGCAGCCAUUGCGGACAUUGAGGUCACCCUAAUCGAGACGCACGCCAACGUCCGAGUCCUGUCGCGCAGGCGCGUCCGCCAGCUGUCCAAGAUGGUCGCGGCCUUCCAAUCCGUCUUCCUCUCAAUCCUCCACCUCAAUGUCACCACACUCGACUCGCUUGUGCUCUACUCGAUCAGCGCUAAGGUGGAAGAGGGUUGCCAACUCAAUUCAGCAGACGACAUAGCCGGGGCAGUUCACCACAUGCUGAGAAUAAUUGAGGAGGAAGCUAUCCUAGGUUGUCACACCUAGGGUUAAUCUAUGGAGUAUAUUUAUAUAGUUCCUCUAUAUAUCAGUAAAAAUUAUUGAACCUUGUCACGUUCAUUGUGUUUAAUUUAGGAUUUAAUUGCAAAAUAAUUCACUCUACUUUUGGUCA